AGAUACCGUUCGCAAUCCCCGACGUGCAGUAGAGCCCGUGUUCUCCAGCGAAACACUGAAAUCUGUCCACACGAAAUAGUUUCUUGCAUAAUUCAAACGUAAAGUCGCAUUUGGCAGUUUACGCUUUUUUCAGCUAUCGAUCGAUCAAUCAUUUGCUCCUGUAAGCUUGUGUACUCCUAUCUUUUCUCACACAAAAUGGCACCUUCCAACAUAAAAAGACGAUAUUCGGAUUUACCGCAAUUCGAAUCAGUCGCCAGGAUUUCAAGUCUUCCUAUAGUAGAAAGCGGAAUACACAUUGCCAGUAAUAUGUACGGCAAGAUCAAGCGCUCAAACUCUAUAAUGAGCUGGAGUCUCGAUACAGCCGAGCAAUCAUUAGCAAUGGCUACAGCAUCAGCUAAACCUGCCAUAUUUGCAUUAAACGGUCCAAUAACUACUAUCGAUCAAUUACUCUGCAAGGGUAUUGAUAUGGUCGAGCAACGAGUACCAGCUGUACAUCUUCCGCCGCAGUUAAUCUAUUGGAGCACACGAGAUUAUGUGAACAACAAUUUCGUAAGGCCUGUCCUGAUGCGAGCCGGAAGCGUCAAGCUGAUAGGAAGUCACGCAGCGAAUGUUGCUGUUGAUAGAUUGGAUGGUGCUCUUACUGUAGCUGACCAAUAUGUUGAUCGUUAUUUACCGGCAGAUCCUGCAGACAAGAUUGUUGAAGGUAUGAAAUUUAUUAAAAUAAUCAUUAUUAAUUAUGACUUAAUGAAUUAUUUAAUUUAUAUAUCUAAAGAAAUAAAUCCCACGGAAGGAGUUAGUAACACGACGCGCACAAUCAAACACGGAGCACGAUUUUCAAGGAAAUUGCAAACAAGACUUACUCGCCGUACAUUGGCUGAAGCUAAAGCACUUAAAGAACAAGGAACGGAAUGCAUUCAUGUUCUGCUAUACGUGGUUGAGUUGCUUGCAACAGAUCCAAAACUUGCUGUGCAAAAGGCUAAAGAAUUGUGGGCUACGUUGAGUUUACCUGAGCCGGAGAAUCAGGCACCUCCUGAAAAUUUGGAGCAAUUUCUGGUUCUUCUCACUCGGGAGUCUGCUCGUCGUAUCGUACAUUUUGUCAAUGGAACUGCUGCUUUGGCUGCUAGAACACCACGUCGUCUUAGUAGACUUUUGAUUUCUGUUUCACAUCAAAUGUUGGGCAUUGCGGAUGCAGCUCUUCAGAUGGCAGCAGCCACUGGCAAACGUGUUACUUCUAAAACGCAACUUCCCGUUGUACGUGCUGCCAUCCAUAGGCUGAAUUCUACAACGAAUCUUCUACUGGAGCAAAUCGCGGCAUUUCUAGCAGGGCGUCCAAAGACUGAGAAAUCAUCGCAAGUGCAGAAUCGUCAACAGAAUCACAACAAUCACAUGACUAUCUCCACCAACGUUCCCCUCAAUGGAAUUAAGUAAUACCAAGCGAUUUUUAAAGUCUCCAAUCGUACUUUGAUGAUCACGGUUCCAUGGGAAUUGACGGCAGAGGAACUGCAUGUUUUGCAAAAUAAAUACUUUACUCGAUAAAUACAUAAGCUUUAGUAUAACAAUUAAUCUAGAGUUUCGUAUUCAUAAUUCUUUCAAACAUUAUAAUAUCACGUAGAACAGUAUAUUGGUGUAAUCUUUAUUGUUGACAGCAUAAAAAUGGCUGCUCUUACGACUUAGCUGUAAGUUCUUAAAUAAAAGAGGUUUUAGUUUCUAUUAAAUAUACAAAAUGUGUAAGCAUCAUUAUAAUCAUAAAUGAUAUCUCGUUCGGGUAAUCGGCGUACACUGGACUUUGGUCGAAAAUUGAAGAUUAGAAAGUAACUCAGUAUCUAUAAUAAUAGUCGAUACGUGAUCUAAGGAUGUACAUACAUACAUAUCAAAAGGGUCAUGAUCUUGAUCGAAGAAUAUUUCCUUAAUUUUUCUCGCUACAAAAUUAAUAAGCAAUGUAUUAAAAAACUAUUACAUGAAAUCCGUAAUAUACACACAUCAGAUAUAAAAUUA